AUGGCGUCAAAAGAAGACAGCAUGGCUAUUCCAGAGAUCCCAAAGCCAAACAUAUCGAGUAUUAAGAACAAACAACUUAGAAAUGCGGCAUACAGAAAAUUAAAGAUCGAAAAACGAAAGGAAAAGAUGAAGGAGAAAAAGAAAAAGAAGAAAGAAGCAGAAGCUUUAGGGGAUAAGGCUCCACCAAAGCAGGUUCCUAAGACAAUAGAAAGUAUGCGUAUUCAUGAUGAGACUAUGGUGAAUUCUCUGGAUGAAGAGGUGAUGCAGGACGAAGCCCAAGAUGAGAUGUCCUCCUAUUUCAGACGAGAAAGUACUCCAAAAAUACUCAUUACGACUAGUGAUAGACCUUGUUCUAGAACAAACAAAUUUUGUAAGGAGCUGAAGAAAAGUUUUCCUAACUCAGAGAUAUACUACCGUCGAGGAUUGGACCUGAAGAAGAUCAUCCCACAAGCUAUGUCUAAAGACUUCACUGAUAUAAUGGUGAUCAAUGAAAACCAUAAACAACCCAAUGGAUUAGUUCUAACACAUUUACCUGAUGGACCAACAUCCCACUUUAAAAUGAGCAACGUAAAACUUGCACCAGAGAUUAAGAGGGUUGGAGAAAUGACCGGACAUAAACCAGAGGUCAUUCUAAACAAUUUUAACACACGACUUGGACACAGCGUUGGACGAAUGUUCGCUUCUUUAUUUCCUCAUGAUCCUCAAUUCAGUGGCCGCCGAGUAAUCACAUUUCAUAAUCAAAGAGACUUCAUUUUCUUCCGACAUCACAGAUAUGUAUUUAGAAAUGCCAAGAAGGUUGGACUGCAGGAACUAGGACCAAGAUUUACACUGAAAUUACGAUCUUUACAAAAAGGCACAUUUGACUCUAAAUAUGGAGAGUAUGAAUGGAUUCAUAAGCGCCAUGAAAUGGACACCAGUAGGAGGAAGUUCUUCCUAUAGGUCAGAAAGGUCAUCCUGAACUGCAGUAUGAGACGACUGGUAACGCCAGGACCUGGAGUUCUGGUACAUACACAUGUAGUUUUCUGGCCUUGGAUCUGAAAUCAUUGUGAAUGAAUGCCAUCUGAAACAACAUACAGUAUUACUGCAAUCUCCUGUUCAUUUCUGUUGUAUAAUAGUGGGGAGGUAACCGCCCUACAUCUAAAUCCCAGAGACAGCUGAAAACAGCAUCUAAUGAAUCGCGUUAACAUUUCUGCAUCAUAGUAACCUUUACACAACUACAAGGUGACUAUCAUAUUAAUUAUGAGUAUGACAUGAAUUUUUCAUUUGUAAUUGUCUUGGACUAGAUUGGUUGUAAAACCUAGGGAAAGAACUGAGAAUGUCAAAAACAAAUAGAACGUUUACAUUUUGGGGAAUAUGAUUGUUUACAUAAGUCAGUUAUCAUCAAUUUUGUUUACUAGACUGGCAUGGUAUAAGUGUGUGUUUUAUAAUAAAAAAUCACUGUGUCUAUAUUUAACAAUACUAUGGUUACAUCAUGUGUUCCAUUUGUAUUGAUCAUGGUAGUGAGGACCAAUUUCCUUAAUCCUACUUUGUGAAGUGAUUUCGGCUGUGAGGAGCAAACAUUUAACUAAUAAGCCUGAUAGACUUGUGAUUAAAGCCUGUCAAUGAUUCUCCACUUAAUGGAACUCGGACUUUGUAACAUUUUGUUUAGUAUAACGUUAAGUAUGAUAAUUUGAUCAUGACAUUAUCUCAGGUGCUGAUGUAUGGUAUAAUUCUAAAAAUAUUGUGAAUGGUUACAUGUCAUUUACAGCUUUAGGUUCAAGCUUUAGGCAGUGUCCAGUUAUACUUCAUAUGAUAGAAGUCUUGUGAAGUUUAAUAUAUAAUAAUCUUUGACAACUGUUAAACACUUAGUUGAAGAAUCUAUGUAAUGAUGACAUUGCACAUACAUCUUUUCUAAAAGGGAGCCUCUUCUAUUAAUGAUGAAAAAGUUUCAUUAUUAGUAUGGAACUUGGGUACAUUGUUAUUAUUGUCA